AUGUAUAAAUUAGCCACUUUAGAAUUUAUUAAAAAAGCUAAAACCUUAAAAUUACUCUCUCAAAAGACUCAAACAACUUCAAAGAUCCAAACUUUUUCCUCAAUCAAAUUAUUAAUUUAA